UUCAUAGGAGACUUUGAGAAAUGGAGCAGAUGUCAACGUGCAGGAUGGACAAGCUAGAACCCUACUGCAGGUUGCUGUGGGGGGACGCAAUGAAGAUGAAACCGUUAUUUAACUACUCCUCCGAUAUGGAGCAGACGUCACGGGACAUAAAGGCGUACACGGAAAUGCUUUGACCCAUGCUGCUCUUGGGAGUUUAAGGAUCAUGUAAAUGCUUUUAGAUCAUGCUUCCGCGCAAGGGCAUUUCAACCUCUCAUCCGCGAAUCGUGCACUGUAUACAGCAUCUGAAUAUGGACACGUGGAGAUAAUCCAGCUUCUUUUGGCUAGAGGGGUUAGCCCUAACGCAGCGGGCUCUAUGUACGGGUGUGUACUCGAAGCAGUAGCGUACUAUGGAAGUGAAGAUGCUGUCCAGGCCCUGUUAGCUGCUGGUGCAGAAAUUAAUUUCUAAGGCGGCUAUUAUGGGAAUGCGCUCCAGGCUGCAGUAAGAUAUGGAAGGGAGAAUCUGGUGAAUAUCUUACUGCAAGCUGGUGCUAAUGUGAAUGCUCCUGGUGGCGUUUAUGCUAAUGUAUUGAUGUCAGCUAUAAAACGAGAUCAUCCACAGGUUGUAGAAAUACUUCUACAGGCAGGCGCAACUCCU